AUGGGUGUUCCAGAAUUCUUAUCCGUUAUGCAUGAGUCGCAGUCAACGCUGAAACUAUUGAUUCUCCGAGCAUGGAAUGUCCAACCCGCAACAGAGGCGAGAAUGUCUUGGGUUAAGAAACAAGAUAAUUACUCUUAUUUUAUAGUAGAUGUCUAUCGCUUCAAAAAUUUUCGUAAUGGAUUCGAUGUAAAAUUCAUCAAUAAGCAAUGUCAUGUAACUAGGGUCGAAAGCAACAGUCGUGGAGCACAUGCAUUUUUGAGAGGCGACAGGUUGCUGGAUGUCGAUUCUAUACCGGUCAGUAAUAUUACCUUGUACUAUUGUAUUCCAGUCAUAAAUUUCUAUAUUUAUCCCUUAUUAUUUUAUUGCCAGUGAAA